UGUCGUGGUGUCAUGAGUGAAGUGACAAGAGAACACGGGAGAGCUGUACAAGCUGCGAAGGGCCUGGUUCAAUGUAUGAGGUGACAGAACGUUCAUACAGCGCUGAGUGUUAAGUGUUUGCGUUACUCACGGCGGAAGUGAUUGUCGCGCUUUAAGGAAUGGAGUGACGGAACAAGAAUAAUGCGGACUCGAUGGCUGCCGAAGGACUGUGGUGGCGGUGUGGCGACAGUCUGGUGGCCGGGCUGGUGUGUGUGUACGCGGCGUUCCUUUAUCGGUGGAGUGACGACACAACACUCUGACUCUGGUUGCCCGGCUUGGUGGAGUGUUCAGAGAAGACGUGUUUGUAGACGACAGUGUUUGUGUUGCCUGAGUAGGUGAAGUGGUGCUAUGUAUUGUGUUUUUGCGUGCGUGUCAAUAAUCCCGUCCGUCCUUGUCAGCCGCGGACCCUGGCGUGAAGUGACGGGUCGUGCCUCACGUCGUCGCGGGCAAAGCUGGCAGGUCCGCGCCGCAGGUUUAUCUCAGCGCCGUUGUUUGUCACGUGACGCCGCGGUGCCUGUGUGUGUCGCGGGACGUGUCAGUGACGCCUAAGCAGGGCUGGCAAGUGUUUCCUGGUCAAGGGCUCAUCGCAGAGCCUCGUGAAUCCCGGCACGUGUCGGCGGCGUGUACUGCGGGGUCGUGAGCGCCGUGCCCGGAGUAAUGUUUGAUGUCUUUUUUCCAGGCUUUGUACAGACGAGGAACUUUACAGUGAAGUGAUCGCGGGGAGUGGCGUGCAGUGAGCCUCAUGAUGAGGAGGCUGAGUGAGGUUGGUGACUGAGUAAGGCAGUGAUGAGACAAUGGAGAGUGACUAUGACCCGUUCUUGAGGACUCUGCCUCGGGGCUCUGACCCCGAGGGCCUGGUGACCUGGUGCACCGACGCUGACCACGGCAGGUGCAAGGCCUACCUAGCCAAGGUGAUCAGCGUGGACGAGAAUGACAGCGAGGCCAGCGACGAGGAGAAAGAAGCAGAGUCCCGCCUGCAGUCCGCGCCGCCGCUGUACAUCACAGAAAACGUGGUGCACGGCGCGCGGCCCUUCGAGGCGCAGACUUUUGUAUCCUUCGCCAGGCCGACCCACGAGGCGUGCCUGGGCGGGGCCGUGGCGGGGGACAAGGUGUUCGAAGGCUUCGCCGACGACGGGACGACCUACUACUUCGAUGACGCCGUCAUCACGGAGAGCUGCUUCGACUGUGAGGCGGAGGGCGAGGCCAACAGCGACCUGCCGGCCACCGAGGCUUACGAGUCUCCCAUCCUGUGGGUGCCCGCGGCGGAGGGUCCGUGCGACCCUGCCGCGGGAGACGCGCGGGGCGGAGACGACCUAAGAGGAGAGGUGUGCUGCGGGGGCGGCCCCGCCCCCCUGACGGCGGCGCUGGACACCAUAGAUGGAGCAAUUAUCUCGGAGAUUUUUCCUUCAGGGAAAAAUCCUGACGAAGAUAUACACGCCGAAGUGAAAGUGGAGACCCUCAUCUCCUUCAGUGAACCUGAUCGUGGCCCCGACGUGCCGCCCCCGGCCUGGGGGGGCGGAGCAGCCUCCCGUGACCUGCCGGGCGGCCAGGCGGGAGGCGGCGGCGACGCGGCUCCUGACUCCGUGACCAGCACCCUCCAGCUGGUCUUUUCGUGCCAGCCACACAACACACUGGACGAGGCUGCGGCCUGCGGCGGUGCUCCCGAACAAGCGGAGCACGCCGCGCCCUGGCGAACCCCGAGGGCGGCGCGGGGGGGCCAGGACGGCGCCGCGGAGGAUGUGACGUCAGCGGGGGAGCAAAGAGAGAAUGAGGACAGGAAAGGCAGAGGCGGGGCGGAGGAGCAAGACGUGGAAGGCGGAGAGAAGGGAUGGGAGGGAAAUGGGACGGUAGGCGAAGAGAAGGGAGAAAAAACUGACGAGCUUGAUGAAAAAGAACAAUACCAGGAAGAACAGGAAGAAGAACAAGGGAUUAUAGAGUGUGAGAAAGAUGGAAAACGAGAGUUGGAAGGAGAACAAGAACAAGAACAAGAGGGGGAUGAGGAGGUUAUUGUGGUCAUAAAGGAAAAAGACACAGAACAGCAAGAGGAGGAGGAAGAAGAAGAAGCAAAGGAAGAAGAGAAGGAGGAGGAGGAGGAGGAGGAGGAGGAGGAGGAGAGCGAGGCGGCACCUGACGACCUAAGUAAUGAGACAGAACGGCUGAGAUACGCGGUCAGUCGGCAGGUUAAUGGCGCGAGAGGCCGCGAUAUUACCCCGGCAGAUGAGGCGGAAGAGAGGGACGAGGAGGAGGAAGAGGACGAGAAGGGAGAGAUGGAGAAAGAGAUGAAGGGGGAGGAAAGACAGGAAGAUGAGAGGGAGAUAGAAGAGGAAGAGAAGGAGGAGGAGGAGGAGGAGGAGACGGAUGGGGCGACUGAAAUAGCGAUCGCCAAUACAGUGGAUGGAAUUAAUGGGGCGCGAGGGAAGGAAGUCGAUGCAGGAGACGCCGCCGGUGACUCUGACUGUUUAGGAAUUGCCGGGGAAGCGGAAGACGAGGAGCCUCUGACGGGGGUGAAGGAGGAGGAGGAGGAGGAGGAGGAGGAGGAGGAGGAGAACAAGCAGGAAGAAGAGAAUGAGAAAGACGAAGUGAUGAAAGAAGAGGAGGAGGAGGAGGAGGAGGAGGACCAAAAAAACAGAAACGAAGAAAAUGAAGGCCAAAUGGAAGAGGAUAAAGAGGAAGAACUCAAAGAAGAAGAAGAAGAGGAGAAAGAGGAAGAAAACAAGACAGAAGAAAUGAUAGGAGAAGAGAAGGAGCAGCGAGAAGACAGUAGCGAAGAAGAAAACGAAGAAAAAGAGAAAAAAGAGGAGGAUAAUGAGGAAGAAACCAACCAAGAGGAAGAAGAAGAGGAGGAGGAGGAGGAGGAGUGUACUGAAGCAGAACUCUCCCUUAACAACAACAACAACAAAAGACAUGAAGGAGGAGAAUCUGAGGUGAAGUGCGUCAUGUUAGUGGACUUCGAGAACGAGAUCGACGCAACUUUGGACGCUUCAGAUACCGCCGGAGACGCCGACGAAGGCAUGACCCUGUCCCUCGUCGGCGGAGAACACUUGGCCACGUACAGUGUUUCUGAAGACGUGGCGGACAACCCUGGCGUCCCCCUUAUCACCAUAUCAUCCUACGUAUCCUGCUCCGAGCCUCUAGAAGCCUCCUCGUGCCCGCCAAGCCUUCCCGUGGCGGCCGAGGGGGAGUCUUGGUGGAGUGCCGGGGCCGGGGCGGGCGAGGGUCAAGGGGCAGAAGGGCUCGGUGCCUUGCCUGGCCAACGGACGGAAGAGAGCGCCACAGAAAACCUCUAUGAGUUAAUAACCGGGGACCGUUUGAGUUAUUAUGGAGCGCCGGGGGAGUCUGGCAGUGGGAAAGCCCUCACGCCCGAGCCUGAGUGCCGGGAGGGGAAGGAGGAGGGGGGGAAGGAAGAAGAGGAGGAGGAGUGUCACCCUGUCACACCCCAGCCGCCGCCGUCGCCACCUCAAGGACACAGCGGCCGAGGCGGGACAGUCGCCGGUGAAGGUGUUGGUUGUUUGCGCCCCGAGUCCUGCGCUGAGAGGGAAGACUUACAGAACCAUAAACAGGAAGCCGCCGGCCUCCUCCUGCGCGGCGCGGUGGAGGGAGGAAGUGAGGAUGAGCUCUGUGCCUCGCAAUUUGACGUAAACAAGGAAGAUGAAGACGCCGCGCCGCAGGAAGACGCGUGUUUACACCUGGACCACUCUUGCCUGUCUGUCGGCGGUGAUGGAGUGUUAUUGCCGUCCUGCGAUGCGCCCGACGCUUCGCCCAUUGUCUUAAACUGCGAGGCGGGGGAAGCGGCGGUCGCGGGGCACAAGACUUUCACCGACGCUGAGGAAUCGAGACGGGGAUCUGUGGACGCCCUGGAAUUAGCAGACGACCUUGUGCCGCGCGAGCAGGUUCCUCCCACAGGUCAAGUUGAUCCUCCCGUCGAGAGUAGUGACCCCCCGAGGCAGGGCAGUGACGGGGAGAGCGGCGCUGCUCAGCCGGACGUAGCAAGCCCGGGCGACCAACCACGGGGCGAGAGCAGCAGUGAGACUGUAGAUAGUGGCGAGGACGGGCACAGUGAGGGACCGGAGGCGACGGUUUCUGGCACCUCAUUAUCAGGGUUUGAAGUGGAGGCUCCGUGUGUUGCUGAGCUUGUGGGCGAUUCUUCAGAGAUCGAAGUCUUGGCCCAACCCGAAGACGUAAAGACCUACCCUGCCGAGGACACUGCUGCAGGGGACACGAACUUUGCUCUCGAGAUUGACGUGAACCUUGAAAGUGGACUUGACGAGGAGAAGGCGACCCGCGAGGACAGUGAGGCAGAAAAAGAAGACAUACUCGAAGAGGAGGAGAAGGAAAGGCAAAUCCAUAAAGAGAGGGAAGUGGAAAAACAGAGUGAUGAAGAGGUAACCAAAGAGGAAACCAAAGAGAAGGAGAAGGAGGAGGAGGAGGAGAAGGAGGUGAAGUUAAUAGAGGAGGAGGAGGAGGAGCUCGGGAACGAAAAGGAGGAGGAGGAGUCAUCAUCCCACGAGAGUGAAGAAGAAAAGGAGUUAAUUCAAGACGAGAGUGAAAGGAAGACGAACCCGGUACAGGAGGCUUGUGAGGAGGAAGAAGAGGAGGAGGAGGACGAGGAGGAGAGCGAGGAAGAUAAGAAGGAAGCACAGGAAGCAACAGUAGAAGAAGAGUCACUUGAGUCGCGGAGUCGUGGUGAAGUCGUUGGGAGUCUUCCUGAACGACUCCACGACACCGAAGAAGGGAAAGAGCUUGAGGCACCAGGUGAUUUGAUGGUUCCUGAGAGCCUCCAAGUGCCUGAGGUCGAAAGUGACGCCGAAGAUCACAGUGAAGGUGAAAAACUGAACCCUGACCAAGAGGAAUGUGAUGAAAGUGAAGCGAUAGUGAUCAGGGAGGCAGGAAAGAGUGAUGAGGGGAAGGAGAGUGAGGAGGAAAAACUAGAAACUGAUAAAGGAGAGAAGGGGAGCGAGUGUGUUAAGGGUGGAGAGAAAGAGCAAAGUGAGGAGAUCGUAGAAAGAAGAGAGUGCGUGGCGGGGGAAGACAAAGAGGAUCAGAGCGGCGGUGACCUGAGGGUUGAAAUACCUAAAGAGCGCAGUGAUACAGGUGAAAGCGAUGAUGAUGAAUGUGGCGGUGACGACGAGGUGACUGAUGAGGUGCGUGACAGUGACAAAGUGACGGAACGAGACGAGUGCGUGGAGACGGAGGACGGAAACGCAACUGACACGGAAGCAACCCAAAGAGAGACUUCGAGUGAGGACGGCGGCGCUGACGGAGUAGAAGCGGAUGCGAAGCGUGACAGAACAAACAGCGAAGAGAAGGAAGAAGAGGCGGAAGAGAAUGUAUUAGUGGAGGCAUCCCAGGGAGCAGACAUUGAGGCACUUAAGCUAACGAAGGAAAGCGAGGAGGAAUACGUAGACGAAGAAGAAGAAGAGGAAGAAGAAAUAAAGGAGGCGUCCCAGGGAGCAGACAUCGAGGCACUUAAGCAAACGAAGGAAAGCGAGGAGGAGUGCGUAGACGAAGGAGAGAAAGAAGGAAAAGAAAAAGAAGAAGAAGCAGAAGAAGAACUGAUAAAGGAGGCAAUCCACGGAGAAGACAUUGAGGCACUUAACCCAAGCAAGGAAAGCGAGGAAGAGGAGUGUACAGAAGAAGAAGAAGAAGCAGCGGAAGACGAGAUCGAGGUGCCGCUGGUGGAAUCCCAAGAAGACGGAGGAGAGCCAGCGUUUACCAGGGAAAGUACAGCGUGCGUUGGUGGCGUUGGCGCAAUACAAGCACGAGAUCACGCCGCCAGUCAGGAUCAGAGUGUUGGCGCAUCGGACGGAUCAAACAUUGCGGACGGUGGCGCAACAACACUCACUGGCUCUCCGGGGCGGGACGUGACGAGCGACGAAGAAAACGAGACGCGGAUUGACAGUGAAAGGGAAGACGAAGACCCCGGCGCUGGGGACGGAGGGAGGGGUGAUGGGGGUCAGGUAGUGGGCGGCGGUGAGGUGACGGACGAAGAGGAAGAGGAGGACGAAGACAGUGUUGGCAGCAGUCAGGCGGUCACUGUGCCUGCGGAGAACGCAAGGCGGGACAAGGUUGUGGCGCACGUGAGGUUUGCGGUUUGGGAGGAGCGUGAGGAGGAGGAGGAGGAGGGAGAGAGUCACGUAACUCAAGGCACCGAGGGGCCGGGGAGCGCCAUGCCUGCGGGACUCACCAUGGCGGCGGAUGACAUAAUAGCGAUGGAUGCCAUCAAGAAGGCGUUUGAUGACAGAAUGGAGAGCGAGGAGGAGGCGGUGGUGGUGGAGCGGCGCCGGUCCGGGAAGGGCGUGCACGGGUCCGCCAGCAACAGGGACUCGGGCACGAGCUACCUGACCAUGUACGAGACGGAGGAGGAGGAGCAGCGGGGCGCCAAGAAGGGCAGAGAGCAGGAGAAGGAGGACAGUGACGACGACACGCUGGUGGGCCACAGCAGCAGGAGCAGCAGCAGCGAGCACAGCAGCAGGAGCAGCAGCAGCAGUGACGGCUUCUGCAAGACCCACAAGCGAGAGGACAGCGGCGUGUUCGUCCGCUCCAGCCACCGCACGCGUCGCGCCAAGUCCGAGGCGCCCGCCGAGGCGCCCUGCGAGCGGGCACUGCACGACGCCCAGCCCGACGCCACGCCCGCCCCGCCCGGCGCCACCCCCGCCGAGCCCGAGGCGCGGCGCGGGGACGUGGUGGACGCCAGGCUGGAGCGGGUGCGGGACCACGACGACAACCUCAGCCUGCAGAGCGAGGCCGACGAAGGCCACGAGGACGACGGCGAGGGCGGCGGCCGCAGGUUCAAGCGGCGCCGCAGCCAACAGUUCCGCGUGGCGCGGCGGUACAGCGGCCAGAAGAUGAUGCAGCGCAUCCGCCAGGUGGUGCACCUGGGCAAGAAGAGCCACGAGGCCGAGCCGUGCACCGAGGUGCACCCCACCAAGCUGCGGGACCUCGCCAGGAAAGAAAGGUACAGGUGGCGCCCUUUUGUUCUCUCUCUCUCUCUCUCUCUCUCUCUCUCUCUCACACUAAAAAGGAAUGCAUGUCUUUGUAUUGGUUAGGUAGUUGUAUUAAGU